GGCAUCGCACGCAUUUUCGAUAUCGCUGUCGCUAAUUGCGAUUUCGUGCGCAUCCCGUGAAAGGGACACCGGCAAUCCAGUCGAAACCGACCGGUCAUCAUCGAGCAUGGGGAUCCUCGGCAAGACGACGCUGAUCGGAGUCAUGCUGAUCGUCGCAUGGAUCGGAGGAGCCGUUUCACAGCUGCCUCCUGGAGUGACGUCGUGUCCGCGCACGGACAACCUGGCGGAAUACAGCCAAUGUGUCUUGAAGCAGCUUCAAGUACUGACGCCGUAUCUCGCCAACGGAGUGCCUUCGUUGAAGUUGCCAGCGUUAGAUCCGCUGUUUCUGCCCUCCCUGACGGUGGACAGGAACUUGGAGUCGCUGAAAGUCAAAGCUAACUUGACUCAGAUUCGCGUUUACGGUGCCACGAAUUACGUCAUACACGAGUUGAAGGCGAAUCCUAAUGACCUGACGGUCUCCCUCAGAGUUCAGCUGCCUCACUUGCACGUGAACGGCGAUUACGAUGUACAGGGCAGGUUACUGUUGGUGCCUUUGACCGGACUCGGUAACUUCAAAGGGAAUUUCACCGAUACCGAAGUCCAAGUAAACGCACAAGCUAAAGAAAUCGUCGACAACAAUGGCGUGCAGAGGAUUGAAGUGGACAACUUGGUCACUAAAAUUCGCGUUGGUAACGGAAAUAUUAAACUGAAGGCUCCGGCUGCCCAUACGUUAGCGGCCGAUGCCGCUGCGACGUUCUUCAACGCAAAUCCCCGACUAGUCCUGGACAUAGCCAGUCCAAUUAUCGAAGACACAGCUGCAACUGUGAGCAGAGCUCUGGUAGCUAGAGCACUCAGCGUAUUGACGAAGCAGGAUCUCGUCCCCUAGUAACCAUUAAAUAAUCGAAUUUUACAGUCGGCUGGACUUUCACGAAAAAGUAGAACGCCUAGCACAACGAUGAGGAAUAGCCAAUUCGGUGAGAUAAUUGGCAUAUGCUUAAUAACGCAUGUCCAUUCAUUUUAUAUUUCCCUCUUCUUUCCUAUCAUGUAUCUCACGAUUCUGCGCCGUUUGGCCGCUGAGUGAAGCACGUAGAGCAUUGUUGUUUCUUUCUUCUCUUUUGUUUUCAAUGUAUUUAUAAAUAUAUUUUAUGUGUUUCAUUGAUCGUGCGCGAGCGCAAUUUCGCAGAGAGCGCGGUCUCACGGUGAGACAUCGUUCGUUUUCACUCUCGUUCAUGGAAAGUACGUAAAUGUUUACUCGCGCGGCAGGGGCGUAGAAAGAAAAUACGAACUGAUCAGCUGUGCUAAUCUCUUUUUAUUUGACAAAGUUAUUUACAUUUCGCUCUUUUAAAUAUAU